AAAAAUCUAAGAACUAAUCUUUUUCAGAUUUGAUUCGGAGCAGAUCUCCACAUAACAGAAUGCAAUUCUUUGGUGGUUCAGAGAUCAGUCCGUCACCACCAGCAGCACCAACUGCAGCAUCUGGAAACAAUGGUCAUAUGUUAUAUGUUUUCAAUAGGAAUGGCAUUUGCUUGCUUUAUAAAGAAUGGAAUCGCCCUCUUCAUACUUUAAAUCCUCAUCAAGAUCACAAGUUAAUGUUUGGUCUUCUUUUUUCCCUCAAAUCUUUAACUGCUAAGAUAGACCCCACUAGUCCCCAGAAAGGUAACCUUGGUGUUCCUCAGUUACCUGGCCAAGGUUGUUCUUUUCACACUUUUCGUACUAAUACUUACAAACUUACUUUCAUGGAAACUCCUUCUGGUAUCAAGAUUAUCUUGGUAACUCAUCCUAGAACUGGUGAUCUUCGGGAAUCCUUAAAGUAUAUCUACAAUUUGUAUGUUGAAUAUGUUGUUAAGAAUCCACUCUAUACACCCGGAUCUCCUAUCAGGUCUGAGCUAUUCAAUACAACGUUGGACCAGUACGUGAGAGGCAUUGCAUAGAAGCUGAGUGGUUGCAAUUUAUCAUUGUGGAUGAUGAACUCGUGUUGUAGAAUGCCAUGUUUUGCAUGGUGUUGGCCACUGCAUUAUCAGUCACAGACUCUUGGGAAGGCCUCACAUUGUUUAUGUCAAUGUUACAACAAUUGAUGGCGUGAUAAUGUUAAUAGUUGAUCGGUAUUCAUUGCCCAAAAUUUCAACUAAAUGAGCUCGUACAUUUUGUUAAUUAUCCUCUCAUAUUAACUUUACAAACCCCUAUAUUUUCAUCUCUCGAUCUUACAAAUAUUCAUUGAUGGUGAAAAAACUUGAUUAACGGUUAAAGACUGAAGCACAAAAUCUACCAUAAAUUUUUUUAUUGCAUAUGUAAGUGAGCUUUUGAA